AGCUCGUUUACAAAAGGCGUUACAGAAAUGGAGUCCGUCGGGGAAUUCAAAUCUCAGCAGUUCCUCGUAGGUGCCAUUUUCAAAAGCACAAUCGGUUUCGGAGAAACAGGGAAACGGAACUGGAACGCCGGCCUUGCUGGAUAACGGAGCUGGGCCGCGUCCGGUUGUGCUCCGCCGCGUUGACGAUAUUUUUUUACGGCAAAGUCACCUCCGGUUUUGGAUUAAUGGUUAAUUUUCCAUGAAGGCAGGCAGUUCACUGAUGAACCUGUAGAGUCUGCCGAUUUUCGCAUGUAUGGAACUCCUGCUGCUUGCUAGAAUUCAACCUGUAUCUUUGUGACUCUGGAAUCGUAGUAAUUUCAGUAAUAUGGUGUCUCCCAUACGCAUCGGAAAUUUGAGAAACCCUAAUGAGACAAUGAGGCUUGUGGUGACGAUCUUUGUUGGAGUUGUAAUCGGAUUCUUUGUAGGAGUAUCUUUUCCAACACUUUCGUUGACUAAGAUGAAUCUUCCGUCCACCCUUUUCCCUUCAAUUGAUCUUUCGUACAUAGAGGAAAAGUACUCUGGGUUUUCAACCCAAGCACUGUUGAAUGCCUGGUCUUCUUUGAAGGGAAACGAAGUGCGCACUGAAAACUAUGUAUCUCAGGAGACAAAGAUUUGGGUUCCAACUAAUCCUCGAGGGGCUGAAAGCCUACCGCCUGGUAUCGUUGCAUCUGAGUCGGAUUUCUAUCUUCGCCGACUAUGGGGCCUGCCCAGUGAGGACUUACUUGUCAAGCCAAAGUAUCUUGUAACCUUUACUGUAGGUUAUGCUCAGAAAAAAAAUGUUGAUGCAGCUGUUAAAAAGUUUUCAGAGAAUUUCACCAUACUCUUGUUUCACUAUGAUGGUUUGACAAGUGAAUGGGAUGAAUUUGAAUGGUCGAAGCGGGCUAUCCACGUGAGCAUACAGAAGCAAACUAAAUGGUGGUAUGCCAAGCGGUUUUUGCAUCCUGACAUUGUGGCACCCUACGAAUACAUAUUUAUUUGGGAUGAGGAUCUCGGUUUGGAGCACUUUAAUGCAGAGAAAUACAUAAAGUUGGUCAAGAAACAUGGUUUGGAAAUAUCACAGCCUGGUUUAGAACCAAAUAGCGGGCUAACAUGGCAGAUGACGAAGCGGAGAGGUGAUAGUGAAGUUCACAUGCAGACAGAGGAGAAACCUGGUUGGUGCAACGAUCCGCAUUUGCCACCAUGUGCAGCGUUUGUUGAAAUUAUGGCACCUGUGUUUUCUCGCGACGCAUGGCGUUGUGUUUGGCAUAUGAUUCAGAAUGACCUGGUCCAUGGCUGGGGUCUGGAUUUUGCUCUUAGACAUUGUGUAGCGCCUGCACAUGAGAAAAUAGGGGUCGUGGAUGCGCAGUGGAUUGUCCAUCAAGGCGUUCCUUCACUCGGGAACCAAGGGAAAGCGGAGGGUGGAAGAGCGCCAUGGGAAGGGGUAAGGGAGAGGUGCAGAAGAGAAUGGACGAUGUUUCAAGCACGAAUGGCGAGCGCCGAGAAAGCAUAUUUUGAGGAAAUGGGAAUUGAUCCUCCAAGUUCAACAGCUCAUUAGAGGGUUGAAAAUAAUGGCGAAAGGAACUUGUACACAUACACCUCAACUGUACUUACACAAAGUUACAUUCGAUUUGGCUGUAUCGUUGCUACUGUCAAUAGUAGUGAUUUUUUUUUUGGGUAU